UGCAGAUCUCAACACUCUCACACAGAGUCUUCUUUAUUAUAUUUAUAUUCACAAACAAAAAGCGAUUCCCGGCGCUUUUGUUUUAAAACGGAAGUGACGUCAUGUCAAUAGCAAAACCCCGUUUAGCGCUUCAGCAACAACAUUCUCAAUGGAGGAAGAAAACUGUGCUGGAAACGCAAACACAGGCGUCCUGCUGCCUCUGUCCUCCCUGCGGCUGCUCGUCCCGCCGCUGCGCCUCAUCUCCGCUUUCAUGUGGCAGGUGCUGCAGCAGAAGAGUGUGAUGCAUUAUGGGAAAUUGGAGGAGUUCGUCUCCAUGGUGACAGAGAAGCUGCCGCAGUUGCUGGGUUACAGACAGAGAGUUCAGCUGAUGAUGGGACUGAGAGCCAGAAUGGUUUUGGAGUUGUGUCGUGAUUCAGCUGAUGUCAGAACCAUUCAAGCACAUCUGGACAAAAUCCGGAUUCCAGCGCCGCCGGCCGGACUGCCAGCUGGUCUUGAUGCUGAUUUGGGACCUUCAGUGUUUAAUUUCAAAGCUUUGGUUCUGGCGCUCAUCAAAGACCCGGUUGAGAAAGCUUAUUUCUUUCAGGAAGUGUUUCCUGCAGAAUAUGGAGCUCAAUACGACACGGCUCUUAAAGAGCUCAUGUGGGAACUUCUGUCCAACCUGGAGAAACUGCUUCCUGUGCCAGACUUUAAAAAGACGGUGUCAUUGCUCUCUCCUGCCCCUGCUGGUCUGGAGGAAUGCAUGCAAACCGACCCCAACGACCUGCACGUUCUUCUGCAGCAGUAUCAACUGUUUGGAGGUUCAGAAUCUCAGAGUUUGCAGAAAGGGUCCAAAGUGGGGUCUGUUCCUCGUUCAUCUGGUGACUGGAUUCUGUCUUCGCUCUCCAUCCCUCCGUCAGCCCGUGUCAUCCUGAACCCUGAGCCCGUACAGCUCUAUCACGUCCAGACGUCUAGCGUCGCCAUCCUGAGUCCAGCUCUUGGUCAGCUCAGCUCAGACAGCAUCAUCGUCACCGAUUACACGGAGGUGGAGCUGAGCAGCCACGACAUUUCUGAUGAGCUGAUGGAGGUGAGCGCGACACACGCGGAUGGAGGCGUGGAGGAGAAGCCGAGCGGUGACGGUGUGGAGGAGCUGUUAGCUGACGAACGUUCUGCUGAGAGCGGGGAAGAACCCGCAGGUGGUGAGGAUGCAAACAUUUUACAUUACAAACCGACAAAAUGUGAUGUUAUGUGUGAAACUGUGAGUGACGCCAUGGCAACAGCAUCCUAUAAUGAGCCUUCAGCAAAUGCACAGAACGAGGAGAGCCUACAGGACACGCUGACAGAAGACAAAGACCGCGCCGUUGUCACUCCUGACGCAGGAAGUGACACAGCUGUGUUACAGGAAGACAAAACAUCACCCGAAUCAAACGUGGUCCAGACGCCCCUGGUGCGGAGGGGGCGAGGGAGGCCGAGGAAGAGCGUAGAGACGACCGACAAAAACAUGGUAAAACCCCCCCGCCGAAGAGGACGACCCGCAUCUGUUAAACAGGAGAACAGCACCGAGGAGAGGAGUGCUGAUAGAUCGCAUGGAGAGAAUAAAGAUGCUUCCGAUGCACAGUCCCAUAGAUCUGCAACGCCUGGAGUGCAGACGAGAGCGCCGUAUUGCACAAGCAAAUCCUGCAAGACUGAGCCAACGAGCGAAGUGUCCACUGACAACCCUCGCGCUCGCUACCUGUGCAAUACCUGCGGCCGUAAGUUCACCCGCAGCUCUGACGUGCGUCGACACCAACUCACGCACACGGGAGAGCGUCCGUUCCACUGCAGCCACUGCGAGAAAACGUUCCAACACGCGUGGGAUCUGACCAAACACUGCCGCAAGAUGCACGAUGAGGCCGCGUUCACGUGCCAGCUGUGCAAGAGCAGCUUCCUUAACCUGCGCGUCCUGACGGCCCAUCACAAGAAAGAACACUGCGACAAACUGCCUCAUUACUGCUCCAUCUGUGGCGAGGCCAGCCCGACGGCCGCCGCGCUCGUUCAGCACCGCAAGACACACAGCGCCACGCAGCAGUAUCGCUGCGAACAGUGCGGCAAGGGUUUCGACACGUUACUGCAGCGAUCCGUGCAUCGGCAGAGCCAUCUCAGACGCCGGCAAUUCAAAUGUCCGCAGUGCGAUAAGACGUACACACGUAGCACGGACGUGAAGAGACACCAGUUGAGUCACACGGGCGAGCGGCCGCAUCAGUGCUCGUUCUGCGGGAAGUGCUUCACUCUGCGCACCGGUCUGCAGAAACACCUAGUGACGCACGCGGGCGAGAGACCGUUCAAGUGCCCGCACUGCCAGAAGGCCUUCACGCAGCUGUCCAUCUUGCACCGGCACGAGCGUAUGCACACGGGCGAACGGCCGUACCUCUGCUCACAGUGUGGGAAGCGAUUUCUGUCACACGGCGAGCUCAUUAAACAUGACAAAACCCACCGGGAUGAGAGACCGUACUCGUGCACGCAGUGUCACAAGUGCUUCAAGUUCAAACGAGCGCUGCAGGAGCACAUCCUGUCUCACAGCGGCGCGCGGCCGUACCCGUGCAACUACUGCAAAAAAAUGUUCGCCAAACCCUUCGCGUUAAACCGGCAUCACCUGAUACACACCGGAGAGCGGCCGUUCUCUUGCGCCCACUGCGACCGGACAUUCCUCACCUCGAACGAACUCGCCCUCCACGAGCGUGUGCACACAGGCGAGCGGCCCUACUGCUGCGUCACGUGUCCCAGAAAGUUCCGCAGUUCCUCUGAGCUGGCGCGGCACCGCCGCAGUCACACGCAGGAGCGGCCCCACAGCUGCAGCUACUGUCCUAAAGCGUACGCCACUGCCGCCAAACUAAAAAGCCACGUGAGAAUCCACACGGGAGAGGGCAAAGCCAAGCACUCGCCCCGCGUGAGCCAAACCGCAGAUGUGCAAGAGACCGCUGCCCUCGAAGCCGCAGAUGCCAUUGCCAUUAUUUUAGAAUAGUAUCACUGGACUGAUUGACAGUGUGUUUAGUCCAAGUCAAAACUAACCCACGUUGGGCAAAUGAUCACUUGGUUUGUUUCAUACGUUUCCAGUUGUUGUUUUUGUGUUGCUGUAACAGUACUGUAUUCAACACUCUUCAUGAUGGAUAAAGGAUGAGGAUUUUAUAGAAUAAUGUGUUGAUGUCAUUCGUUGAUUGACUUUUCAAAUACAGCUCAUUGUUCAUGCAUGUGCACUGGUGAACUUUUGUCUUUAAAGGUGAACUGUGUCAUUUUUUUCACCAUUAGUGUCACCAAACAGAAUAGAGCAACAGUCUGGUUCCCAUUUGUUUUCUUCACAGGUGAAUAGAUUUUUAACGAUAAUUUAUAAACCUUCCAAGGUUGUUAAUCGAUGGUAUGUGCUUCUGUUGAAGACAUCAGUCCACGUUACUUCAACUUCAUAAAAAAAUAAAAAAUAAAAAUGAAUCUGGUGAAGAACUAUACUACCCAUGAUCCUGAUGGGAACCGAUCAACCAAUCAGAGAAUCAUGUCAAAAGAGUUCUGCAGCUCCGCCCACUCCCAUGAUGCACUGUGAAUUAUACAAAGGAGUCGCUCUCCGUACACUCUCAAACUACUGAUUUUGUAUAUAUCUGAAUAUUUUGCAAUAUAAUUAAAGUAUAUUGUUUCUACACUUACAUUCAAUAACUUUAAAUGAAUAGUGUUAUAUUCUACCAUCAUUUUUAAUAUGAUGACAUCAUUCUCAAUGCUUCAUGGGAUUGUAGUUCUCAUUAAACGUGCGGUACACAGUCUUGUAUCUUUGUCUUUGAUCUUCAAAUCAAAGUUUGUGACGUUGUGAUUCACUUCAGAGCUGGUUGCUUUAGUUCAUGGCACACAGCUCUGUUAUGAAAUCACUAUGGAAAAAAUACUUCCGGAACCAAGACGGCUGAAAAAGUGUCCUGACACUGUUGUGUUGGUGGGAACACAGAGAAACAUUCAAACCUUCUGCGCUGUCCAUCAACACAACAGCAGUUACUGAAUGUGGAGUAUUACUGGCACUCUGGAAAUCACAACAGGAAGUGUCUGUAGUACAGAUGUGUGAUACAGUAUUCUAAUAAAGUAAACGUUAGAGAAACUGCGGUUCGGUUAAAGGGUUUCUGUAGUUGGCAGGUUGCUUUUGGAAACACAGACGGCAGCAGAAUGUGUGAAUGGGAAGGAAGGAAAUAAAAUAUAAUUUGAAGAACAAUAUUUCUCAGGUCUGUUUUCUCCUGAUAGAGAUUUAGAGGAAGAGCUUUCAGCUUGAGCGGCAAUAAAUGCUCUGAAGUCACAUUUUUAUGAACGGCUUCAUAAAAUACGCAGUUAGAACUAUUUAUAAAAUCCAUUCUUAGUUUUAAUUAAAUGUUUUUUUACUGGGUAGUUAUUCAUUUAUCUGGCAAAAAAAUCUUUUGCGAUCUGAGAACUGUGUGAGCAGUGUUUGUUGUGUUGCACGUUUGAAUGUUGAACGUCUCUUCAAUGAUUCAUUGACGUCUGAAACAAUUUAACGAGGACUGCUGUGUGGAAUUCAGUGUGCAAGAACACAAAUGAAGAUUUUUAGAAGAAUAUUUCAGCUCUGUAGGUCCAUACAAUGCAAGUGAAUGGUGACCAGAACUUUGAAGCUCCAAAAAGCACAUAAAGGCAGCAUAAAA